GUUUCUUUUGGAGUUGAUGCCUCUUUGCGGCGGCGUUCGUAUUUUCAAACCCGUGCACUGCUGUUGUGCCGCACGGGCGCGGGAAUUUGAACACACGCGGGCGGAACAGACGUAGCUCUCAGACUCCCAGCACGCCGGUGUACAGACCUCCCACGCCAUGCCGGCUACGGAAUCUCUGCUGCUAGACAAGAACCCCCUGUUGACGGCGGCUUUGGAGUUGUUUAGUUCCGGAAUCGGCGAUGGAUUGACGAUGAAGGAAGUUGUCAGGCAGCUGCAGACGGUCGCUCUCUGCUAUACCGCGAUGGGAGUCAAGAGGAACGCAGGAGAGAUAGACAGCAAGAAGAGAGAGGCGCUGCUACUCAAGGCAUACAAGGACGACGUCGUGCCUGGCUUUCUGAAAUGGUUGUCGGAGGAGGGUGAUUGUACAACCCCGCCCUGGCUGACGAUGGAGAUGAUGGGCCGGGUUGCUGUACAUACAUGUAGGCACCAAUGGCACAGGAACGCCGGUGCGGAAGAGCAAGGGGAAAGAGAAACAGCAGCAACCGAAAGAUGAAGAACCAAAGCUGUACAAGGACGGGAAGAAGAUCUGGGCAAGGUACCUGGAUGCCUUCCGCGACAUCAGGAAGGAUGCCAACCCCGUGUACGACAAAACCAUCGGGGACCAACCGGGCGGGACCCCUCCAUCUGGAGAGCAGUAUGCCGACCAGCUUGACGAGUUACUGCAGGCGUUGUGGGAAUACCAAUGCAGAGAAAAAAAUAAAACCGUGGAAGUGACCGCGGAGGAGAAGGAAUUCUUGCGCGCACGUGGCCCCUCGGCGGCGAAGGGCAAGGGUACGGGAAGAGGUUCCUCGGCCGUCGACGUAGACCUCUCUUCCACGGACGGGGAGGUCGUACAAGGUACGGAGAAGGAGGGAGGGGGUGCGGACGCGGGGA